AUCUUAGAAAAUAUUUUCGAUAAGUCAAAAAUCGUUCAAUUAACUGUUAAGAACGGUUUUCAAAAACAUAUGAAAUUAAAAAAAAAACUAUUUUCUGUAAAUUUGAAUCAUGUUUUAAACGAGAUUUGUCAUUGACUCGACUGUUUGGGAAAUGUAAAGCCUAAAAGUGAACUUAAAGCUAUAAAACAUGAAGAUGCUCAGGUUCAGCUUCAGAAAAAGGAAGGAAAUAUUAACAUCUGUUGGCCUGGUCUUUUUUUUAGACAUUCACAACACUUUUGCAACAGCACACAACUUCUUCAAAGCUGGAGAAAUCUGCAACAUGUAAUGAAAUAUUGUCAAAUUUUAAGCAUGGACUUCAGACUCAUAUCACUGAUCCUACUUCUACACAUCUCGGGUUCUCUAACAUUGGACUCCCUCUCUGUGACCUGUAAAGAUGUUUGUGCUCCGACUGAAAGCCCUGUGGAGCUGAGAUGUUCUUAUGCCAAAAUCAAAAUCAAAACUGUGUUAUGGUUCAGCCAGAAACAGAGUUCAAACUGGAGAAAGAAUGAUGAACCUGAAGAUUUGACUUUAGACUCGGACUACUCAGGACGGGUGAAGCAGGAGGUCUUAUACGGCCGUUCAACACUCACAAUAUCAGACCUGAGAGAGAGAGACUCUGGAGAAUAUCAGCUCAUGUUCAUCAUGAAGGAUGGAGUUAAACGUCUCAGCUCAGUCGCCGUCAAUCUAACAGUCACAGUCCUGCAGAUGAGAAUGAAUCCUGCAACAACAGACCCGAGAGAUCAGAGAAUAAAACUGACCUGUGAUUCUUCCUGCACCACUGAUCGGUAUUAUUACUGGAUGAAGGAUGGACAGUAUUUAAAACGUACAAGGUCUAACAACAUGCUUGUGUCACCCAGUACAGAGGCUGGCAGAUAUUCCUGUGGUCUUGAUUUUAACCUUAAACAUCACUCCUCUUCUGUGUGUAUUUCUGAGAGUGGCUGCUGGGAUGUGUCUUACUCCUCUAGAAGAGUCUGUGCUUUGAUGGGCUCAACAGUAGAUAUUUCCAGCACAUAUUCACAUCCCUCUGGUUCUACUAUAAAUAAAACAUUCUGGCAUUACGAUCAGCCUGGUGACUUCAAUGAUCUGCGUGAGGAGCAUCAGUUUGCUGGUCGUGUGGAGUAUGAGGGAAACACACUGAGAAUCAAAGAGCUCAAGAUGAGUGACUCUGGAGAAUAUAGAUUCAGGAUCAUCACUGACACAGCAGAAGGAAAAUACUCUGGAUCACCUGGAGUCAUGCUUACUGUCACAGAUACGACAGUGAUAAGCAGCCCAAACAUUAUAUCAGAGGGACAGGAAGUGAUAUUAAGCUGUUCAACUAAAUGCACCCUGAACAACAAUCAUACUUACAUCUGGUACAAGAACGGACGGCAGGUAACGGAUGGAUUCACUAAAGCCAACAAGCUGUACCUGGACUCAGUCAGCAAUGAAGAUCUUCAAGAGUAUUCCUGUGCUGUAGAAGAAAGUCCAAAGAGGAAAACAUCUUUACUGAUCGCUGUCAUCACACUGUCCGUGUUUCUGAUCAUUACAUUCAUAGGAGUCCUGUGGUAUAGUUUAAACAGGAGGAGAAGGAAUAAUUCAUCUCAACAGCACGAAGACACUAAGGAUGUUGUACAGUCGGGUUCAGCAACACUCUAUGAUAAUGCUGAACCCUUAUCUAUGGUCUGUACACAGGAUGAAGUGCUUCACAUGAAAGAUCAGGACGUUCAUUAUUCAACUAUUAUUUUCAAACAGUCUCACGUGAAGAACACAUCUUUGGCACCUACUACUGUACAUUCAACGUCAGAUGAUGUUCACUAUGAAUCUGUGAAGUUCAGUAGACCCGUUUAGACCCGCUAUUAAAAAAACUACUAACUGAACUACAGCCAUAUUGUGAACAAGCUUUUGCUCUUGCCAAAUGUCUAUGGUUUUUCUGUAGUUUAAAACAGAAUUUUUCUUAAAUUAUUCAAAAAUAUGGAGGAUUUUGUAAUGAGUGACAUGAGUAAUAAUCUUUAUAAUGCAUGUUUUUAUCAAACACUUUUAUUGCCUGCUUAAAUUGCGUGUAUGUCUUUAGAUUAAACUAAUAAAUUAUGUCAGAUUGUCAAAAGAUUUUUAUUUCAAAUAAAUGCUGUUUCUCAACA